UGUAUAAGAACGCAAACACGAACACCGUUUGGCCAGUGAAAGUACUUACUUAAGUGAUUUCAAAGGGACGAAAUUAAGAUGAGUGCUUCAGCUUCUAAGACCUUCGCCAUCACGGGGGGUUUUCCCUCCAUUCGCAAGCAGUUCGAGGUUCGGGGCUGGAAACCCGACGACGAGCCGGACAGCUCCAGUUGGGACCUGAAGUACACCAUUCGGAAGAAAGACAUCGACUUUAACGCCUUGCGGGACCUCCAGGUGGUAAAUUACUUCCCCACAAAUCACGAAUUCACGACGAAAAUUUCCUUGACGAACAAUUUGUGGAACCUGUGCUGGAUGGACCCUCCGGAGGCUCACGAAGUGAGGAUAAAGAAGAAAACCCACACAAACGGCACGCUAGAGAAGAAGAACGGCAAAAUCCAGUCUGGCUGUAACAAGAAAAGCGUAACCGACAGGAACGGGGAAAGACUAGACAGAGGGUUUUAUUCUGGUGCAGCCAGCACAAGAACUGGGACUGAAGCAGAACCAACGCCAGAGAAGCAGCACGAAGAUCAGGAUACCGUCUGUGAGGAGAGCAACCAGAACCACGAUAAGAGAGGACAGGGUGAAGGAGCAGGUGCUCAAGUAGAACUGAGCCAACUACAUUUUGAGGCAGAAGAACAAGAUGAAGAAGAAGACAACGACGAGGAAAUAACCGAUGAGCCGUUUCCCGGGUCCAAUUCGGCAAUCGACGUGGAUACGUUCUAUCCCCGCUGCUUCAACUUGAACAACGACACGGACGCUUUUAUCGAGGACUUCAAACGCGGCAAGUGUCUCGCGGUGCUGAAAACGUUCCUGCAGCUGGACGCGCUCGUGUCUGGCGGGAUGAAUGGAGAGGAGGACGGUAGUGCUGAAGAUGAGGACGACGUGAUGUUCGAUCGAGACAUAACGACCUGCUCCAAGAAGGGCGCAAAACCUCCAAACAAAGCCAACAAAGGUGGAGCAGUGUCUAGUGAUUCUACUGGUGGGUCCUCUUCAACAUCGUCAGCAGCAUCGGCCUCGUCUAGUAGUAGCGGGAUCAUUCCUGAGCCCGUCGUGCACGCGGCCCUGGAGGCUCUGGAGCGGAAGCUGAAGCCCAUUGACGAUUGUCUGGACGACGACCCGACCGCCGGGACGGAUUACGUAACGAAAAUGCCCGCCGAGUUCUGGGACAAGGUGCAGCAGGUGAAUCUGGAUAACCCUGCGAAACACCUGCCGAAGUACACGCGCCGGCGCACUUUGGCCUGCUCGCUGCUGAACAAGGUGGUGGUCGAGAACAAGAAGAAGCGGAAGAAGAAGAAAAAACGGAACAAAAACUCAUCAACGUCGCUUGAUGUACAAGCGGAUGAUCGACCAGAUGAACAAGAUGCCACCGCGGCCGCCAAGAAAAAGGCGGCAACCGACGAACUGCGCGACCGGGUUUUGGCCUGCCUGGCUGAGUACGCCGAGCGGGACCCGCAGUUCCACUUGUACGGAGACCGGAACCUGUGGAUUCUGAAGCCCGCGGGAAAAUCCCGGGGCCGCGGGAUCUUUGUCACGGACCGGCUGGAGGAGGCGCUGGACUGCCAGCGGGGCCAGGAGGCGCUGUGGAUGGCGCAGAAGUACAUCGAGAAUCCGCAGAUCAUCGAGAAGAAAAAGUUCGACAUCCGGCAGUGGGUGUGCAUCACCACGUGGCAGCCGCUGGGCAUUUGGUUUUUCGACCAGGCCUACCUGCGGUUUUCCUUCGACGACUACGACAAGUCCGAUGUGGGCAACCGGUUCGCGCACUUGACCAAUAACAGCGUCGCGAAAUACGCGGAUCGGUACGACGAGGGGUCGAAGGACAGCACCAUGAUCACGAGCGCCGAAUACAGCGAGUUUUUGGCAAAAAACUACCCUAAUAGCGAGGGAAAAAUCAUGGCCGCGCAGGGGGGUGGAGCUGGAACGGUAGCAGGGCCUACUUUCUCGGAAGCGCGGGCGAAAGUAGAUGUUGAGGGCGAUUAUACAAGCGACAACUCCUCGGAACAUGAUGAUGAUGAAAGCGCCGUGGACGAACAAGUUGACGACGCGUCCAGCGAUGCGAGUGAAGGCAUCGAAGAUGCUGAUGUUUUAUCAGCGUCUUCUGAAGACGAGGAGGGCGAGGACGAGGAAGAAGUCGACUCUGGAUCUGAAGCCGGAGCUGGAGCAAACGUUGCAACGGCGCAGGUCAAGACAGCGUCUAGUACUAAUAAAUCGCGGACAAGAAAAGCUACGUCAGCCACAACUCGCACUCCAGUGACUGUGCAAAAUGGGGCGCCAAGUAGGAAAGAACUCUCAUCAAAGUCGGCCAAUAAAUGCCGAACCACGACAAAGAUGACCAGAAAUGACAAAGAUCGUGGCUCACCGUCAAAAGGAAAAACGGCCUCAGGUGGUCGCCCGUUCUGCCUCUGGCGGGACAAGAUUCAGCCGCAGAUGGAGCGGAUUGCGUACCUCGCGCUGGCGUCCUGCCAGGACCGGAUUCUGCUGGCUGACCGGAGGAACUGUUUUGAGCUCGUUGGGUUCGAUUUUAUGGUCGACGAAAACUUCAAUGUGUGGCUGAUAGAAUGCAACUCCAGCCCCGAUCUGAGUUACUCCACCAGCACGACCAAGCAGUUGGUAAAAGAGGUCCUGUCCGACUUGGUCGGGCUCAUCCUGGACGCGGAAAAAUUUCCGCGCGAUGCGAGCAAGAAGGGCGGAAAUUUAGCUUCUCGCAAGCUGAAAAAAAGCUUCAGUGCUGCAGAUGAUUUUCCCUACUGCAACUCCUGGAAGUUGCUCUACCCGGAGCUGCGCCGAAAGGAGCAGAAAUUGCUCGGGCUACUUCCGAGCGCGGAGGAGGUGCGCGCGCACUUGGUGGUUACCGGCGUCGAGAAAAAGCUGCACAAAAGCAAGAAGAAGCUCAAGAGCCUCGCGGUGGUGGUUCGAAAUCUGCUGCAUGGGCGGAACGGGGGACAAAACAAAACAAACAAGGCCGUGGAUGACCAACAGCAACAAGGUACUAUUGGCACCGCUGAAGGUGACACCGACGAAAAAUCUGGAGCUACUUCUUUAGAAGGAGCCGAAAAAUCGCCUGCAAAAGAUUCCACCGCUACAAGCAGUGCCGACGCUGGCGGAGCGUCAGGAGGCGGUGGAGAAUCAAUGCAAAAGUCGACAAGUAAAAACUCCACCACCACCUCGUCAUCCAGAGCUGCAAGCAAGUCCUUCAGCCACGUGCUACCCCGGUAUCUGCAGGAGAGACCCCGCGCCAACUCGGUUGGAGCGGCUUCUUGUGCGGUAGCUGGCGCAGGAGUCCCGCUUGGUGCCGCGGAGCAGGUCGACACUGGUGGGGGUGUCGCGCUGCAGACUUCCCAAGAGGCAGAUCUGAUGAGCCACCGGGUGUCGGUUCCGAUCUCGACCUUUGACCCAUUUGGCGCUUCGUGCAACGGCGGUGUUGGCAUAGGCAUGCUGCCAGUGACUGCAAAUGCUGCUGCAAUCGAGCAUGAUGCUAGUAUGGGUUUGUUUGCGGUACGUGGAGUGGGAAAACCACAACAACCUGCUCCGGCGUCUUCAUCUUCGGCUCCUACGGCCCCGUCCUCGGGGAACGUACAACCAGGAGCAGAACUACGAGGCUUCUCUCGGAAACCAACCGCAACCUCAUCGUCCACAUCAUCCUCGUCGCGGGAAUUCCUGCAAGAGGAUCGCAAUGCAAUGAAAAUGAAUGCCAAUGCCGUUCCCGGAGCCGGAGCUGUUGAUUUUGGAAGUUUUCUGCGCCCAAUUGGAAUAAAUACGACGUCGACGACCAUUUCUGGUAGUACAUCGGCCGGCACGGGCACCGCCAGCGCCCCCUGCGCCGGAACCGGCAUGGCCAGCAUCUCAACACAGCAGGAUCACGCUCUGCUGCAGCGACUGCAGCAGCAGGAGAGCAGCUGUACGGGCGGUGCGCUCAAAACAACCCACGUCGAGCAGCAAAGUGCUCCACCAGGGAAAAACACGCUGAUCAUGGCAGCUGCCGGUACGGCCCUGGUUCCCUCAACGCGACCGCCGCUGCCCCGCGCCGGUGCUGUCGCGGAAAGGAGUGGCAAUGCCUACGCAAGCGGCAGCGGCUCGGCUCAUGUUCAGCAUCGUGGGGCAGCUCUUAAGUCUGCGGGGCUGCAGAUGCUGGCUGUGGAAGGGGGGAGUUGUGUGGUCAAAAGAACAUCGCAGGCAAUGAAUGUUGCUGCGUCUCCAAAUGUUGCCACAAUUCCGAAGAACAUCGGGGGCAACGUGCUGCUGAAAAACAAAAUACGGACACAGACACUCACGUUGAACCUGUGA